AACUAUGGCUCAGUUUAUUGAAGACUCCAGCCUCCAGGACUGGAAGGUGAUUGGCUCCGGAGGUUUCGGCCAAAUCUACAAAGCCAGGCAUCGUCAGUGGGCCUGUGACGUGGCCAUUAAACUGCUUCGUUAUGACGACGGGACCAAUGAAUCUUUGCUGCGUGAGAUCAAGAGAAUGCGAGAAGCAAGCAGCCCGCAUGUUAUUCGUGUCCUAGGGGUCUUCAAGGGUCUACCGCCCAACUCUGGUUGGGCAACACAGCUUGGUAUGGUCAUGGAGCUCAUGGAGAGAGGGACACUGGCCUCCCUACAGGAAGCCUUGGAUGGACCUCCACCCUGGCCGCUGGUCUUCAGACUGGCUCACCAAGUGGCUCAGGGUAUAAACUUCCUCCACAGUCUGCCCCGUCCCGUUCUCCACCUGGACCUGAAGCCCCCCAACGUGCUGCUGGACGACUCUCUCAAUGCCAAGCUUACAGAUUUUGGCCUUUCCCGGAUUUCCUACAGCGUCACACAGGUUUCCAAGAAGGACGAUAAAGAGGGAGGAGGGACGACCAACUACAUGCCCCCGGAGGCGUUUGGGUUAACAUACAAACCUAAACGAGCCUCUGAUAUCUACAGUUAUGGGAUACUCAUUUGGUCCAUUCUCACAACCAUAUGAAACAACCAUAUGAAGG